AUGACGGAUCCAACUCUGCAUCUACUAUCGGAGUCCCAGCUUGUUGCACUGACGCACUCGCCGGCAGCAGAUUCUGCUUUCAGUUCGGCUUCUUCGAUCAGUUUAGAAGCUCUUGUUCCUCUCAGAUAUUUCUUGAACUCGGUGGUCUUUCUGAUAGCUCUGAAAUUCUUAUGGACAUCAAUGUCGGCGGCCAACAAUCUUUCUGCUUUGAACUCAAGCUCUAAGGCGCGUCCAAUGGACAUGACAACUUUCGAGACUGGGGCUCCACGAGCGAGGUCAGAGGAAAUGCAAGUCUUUAGAACUUCCAAGAUGGUAGUGAUUGAAGACUUCGAUGGAUCUAUUAGCGACAAAUAUGGACCGUACUUCAGCUUCUGA